AGUGUCAAGCUAUUUUUUUCUUUUAUGAUUAUCACAUUGCUACAGGUAUUGACAAAAUACUGCAGCUUGCGGUGGGAUGAGUAAUGAAUUCUUUUAUGAAUAAUUCCGUGUGCAAUGUAAAUGUUCAGAACCAAAUUAAACAUCUAAAGCAGUUCCAAGCUUCCCAUUAUCUGUAUACACACCUCUGCAUCCUCACACCUCCUUGUUUCUCACUCCCCACCUAAGUACACCACAUAGAGAAAUAUUUAUUUGUAAGCUACUUAUGUAUCUCAUUUUGAGUAUAAUUCCAAGCCAGAAAGUGGGUUGGGGGUCAAGAAUAUGCCCUCUCUGAAGUAAAACACACGUCAGCAAGUCUGCAAGUUCAGGCGUUGCUCCCCCGCCCGCACGCAGCCCUCGCUCGCCCGCCCGCGCUCUGUACCCACUCCCCUCGGCCCUCCCACCGGUUUUUCGUUGGGCCCUGCGGCCUCGGACACCCGCCCUGGCCUGCGAGUUUGCGAUCCCCCCGCACAGGCGUCCUCAGCGCAGCGAGGCCCAGUCGGAGCCCUGGCCGAGCGCCUUUCAUCUGAGCGGUGGAAGGCCCUUCAGAGAGCCUCCGCCACAGCGGCGUGGGCCUCGCAGCUCGUCGUGAGCAAUGGCGCCCAUCCGGAAGAAGCUGGUGGUGGUUGGCGACGGGGCCUGUGGCAAGACGUGUUUGCUCAUCGUUUUCAACAGGAACCGGUUCCCAGAGGCGUACGUGCCCACCGUGUUUGAGGCCUUCGUGGCGGGCAUUGACGUGGAUGGGCAGCGGGUGGAGCUGGCCCUGUGGGACACCGCCGGGCAGGAAGACUACAAUCGCUUGCGGGCCCUGGCCUACCCCAACACCGACGUUGUGCUGAUGUGCUUCUCCAUUGCUAGCCCCGCCAGUUUUGAAAACAUCCCAGAAAUAUGGACUCCGGAAGUCAAGCACUUCUGUCCCGACGUGCCCAUCGUCCUGGUCGGGAACAAGAAGGAUCUGCGGAACCGGCGGAAGCUGGGCCGGUCGUGGCAGGAGCCGGUGAAGCCAGAACAAGGCAGAGCUAUGGCCAGAAGGAUCGGCGCUUUCGGCUACGCAGAGUGUUCGGCGAAGACCAAAGAUGGAGUGAGGGAAGUUUUUGAAAUGGCCACGAGAGCUGCUCUACAGGCCAGUCGUGGGAGGCAAAAGUCUGGGUGCCUUGUCCUGUGAGACCCAGAUGCAAGCACAACAUUCAUGCAGCUGAGAAGGGCUGUUUAUAUCUUAGUGUAUGACUACUGGUCUUCUUCAUUUAUCUGAAAUUUACCUAAGAUUACAACUCAGAAGUCAUUUUGCUAUCAGUAUUUAGAAGACAACCAUGAUUAUUACUGAUGUCCUACCCACCUGACCCACUGGGUCCUCCUGACAAAGCUCUAACAGCCCUCUUCUGCACAUGCACCUAACACACUGGGGGCUAAUUCAAAGAAUUUCUUAACUUUUUUCUUCUGGAAAGAGAAAUGGUAACGUUUGUGAAUAAGGCUGUAACUACUUCAUAACUAACAUGGCUUGCCAGUCAUCUGUCAGUUGCAAGGAAGGCUGGUGAGUCACCACUUCAUAACUUUCCUCCCGAACAGAUUUCAUUGGCAAAGCUCUGCAGUGGGCAUCCCGUUUUUUCAAAAUGUGCUCAGCUAGAAAUGCCGAAGUCCAUGCAGCUGUGGCAAAGUUAAGUCCUGUGGUUUCAUGUUACUUACUUUGUAGUGACUGUGUAAUUAGUGCCACUUAAUGUAUGUUACCAAAAAAUAAAUAUAUCUACCUCUGACUAGAUGUGGUAUUUUUUGUAUAAUUGGAUUUCCUAAUACAGAUACUUGUUAUGCCCACAGAAAGUAUACUGGCUUUUCUUUUCUUAAGAAAGUGUAUUUGAAAAUAAAGUCGAUGGAAAAUGUUUUUAAAAAGCCAAUGAAUUAAGGUAAUAAAACAAAGGGUUAUGAAUUUCAAUGUGAAACAUAUUACACGUUAGUUUUUGCUAACCUCAAAAUGAAAUUGAGAAUUUCUCUCAAUUUUGAACAUAGGUAAUAAAUCAGUGUUAUUAGAAGUACUGGUGACUUUUUCACAAUAAAAAUCAGAGAUGUUCUCCUGCCACUUUACUAUACUUGUAGAAAUCUCAAGAUACAAUUGGUGUUCACUACUUAAAAAGUUAUAGAUGUUAUUAGAUCCUCAGCUAUAUUUUAUUUGAUGCAUAACAAAUGAAGCAUAUGUAUAGCACACUUUUGUAGAAUAUCUUCAUUACUGUAUUUUACUGUAAUUAGUUUCAUUUAUAUUAUGCAUAUUUUAUACAUUUAAAAUAUGACUCUAAAAAAGGGCUUUCUAGGCCUAAUCAGACUUCCAAAAGGAUCCAUGGCACAAAAAAGAUUAAGUAUGUCUAUUAUGGACUCUGGAAUUCUGGUUAAAAGCAUGUAGUCUGGUGUCACAUUGCUUGGGUUCAUAUUUUGCUCUGUCAGAGUAUGGCUUUGGCUAAAUUACAUGUAUUUUUUUUAUGCCUCAGAUUCUUCAUGUGUAAAAUGGAGAUGAUACCCAUCUAAAAGUCUUGCUAUGAAGAUGAAGUAAUAUCUGUAAAGGGCUAACACAAUGCCAGACUUGUACUAUAUUAUCUAUUUCCAUGUCCACCCAGAUGAGGAUUUAAUGCAAAUCCUAUUCACAUUUAUCCUACAUACAGAUUUACUCUGUUGUUGCUGACUAAAAAUUUAAAUUAUAUUAUUAAAUAUUUUCUAGUUUUAAAUGAAUAUUGUAAAACACCUGCAUUCUAUUAGGACAAAUUGUACAAUGAAGGUCCAUAUGCCUCUAUCCAGAUUAAAGGGAAAAAGCUACUUUAAAAAGGAUAAAAUAUAAUUUAUUAUCUAAACCAGGACACCUUUGAGUGUGAAAGAGUGAUAGUACUACACCAGGAAAAUAGGCAAACCAGGAUUGUCCCAGCUACAUAAACAUGUAAAGUUAUACCACUUUUAUGUUCCUUGUAUGCUACUUCCUUAACCUAUUCCCUACCUUCAGUAGGUAGAGAAAAUUCAGUCCCUUGAUUUUGCGAUUAUCAUGUUUGCUUGAAUUUAUAGAUUUACUUAUGUUUGCACCUCUAGACAAGACAUAUAUUUUACUUUUUUGCUUUAUAAAAGUGGAAUCCUGCUGUAUUCUUUUGUGAAUUGGUUGUUGCUUAUCGUUGUUAGAUCCAUCCAUGUCCAUGGAUUUACAAUACAUUUCCCCCCACUUUUGUAUUUGUUAUGAAGCAAUAGGAAAUUAAUAGAGUUUUGGUACUUGAAAGUGGCAUGGUGACAUAAAAAGCUUUAAAUGUAAGAGUGGCUUUGGAAGUGGCAGAGGGCAGAAGGUGGAAGGACUUGGAGAGUGGUAGGGAGUUUGAAGAGCCUUAAAGAAAUUGUAGAUGCAUGAUAACCUUGAGAAGGCUGCAGAUGAGGUCUUAACAGAUUAGAAUAGUCUUACUGGAGAUUGGAGAAAAGUGAUAGAAAGUUUAGCAACUUUGUCACCUGCAGUUAUGUGCACAGUACAAUAGAAAAUAUGCCUAACUAACUGGGUGAUCUAGCUAAGGAGAUUUCCAACCAGAAUGUUCAAGAUGUCACCUGGUUUCUUCUUGUGGCUUGUAGAAAGUAUAAAGAGAGAGAUAAGUUAAAGGACUGUUCCAGAGGAGCCAGAACUUACGAUUUGACGAUUCCCAGCUUCUCCAGGUGACAGAUA